GUUAAGCAGUGUAUGCCAGUCAUCUUCAAUACGUCUGCUGUUUCAUGCAUUUAUGAGUGGUGUUUGUUCCUGUAGUUAUUACAGUGCAACCCUAGUAUGCAGAAGCAGUUAUUGUCCUGAGUCCAUAACAAAGACUUGGGCAAUGGUAUCCUUAGAAGAGGAGGAGGAUGGAGGGCUGGAUUUAAGUGACUAUGUUCCAGAUAAUCAGUUCAUUGAUCCCAAAUGGUUUCUUGUUGGAAGGUUAUUUACGGAUAAACUUAUAAACUUUAAUGCUUUGAAAAACACCCUAGCUUCAAUAUGGAGACCCAAUAGUGGUAUGUUUGUUCAAAAGCUUCCUGAAUUUCGAGAACAAAUGUUUGUGUUCCAAUUUUUUCAUGAGAUUGACAUUAGAAGAGUAGAGGAAAAUGGCCCGUGGUCCUUUGAGAAUAAUUUAUUGGUGCUUAAGAGGUUUGGUCCGUAUGAUUCACCUACAAACAUUGCUAUUCAUACGACGGAAUUCUGGAUUCAAAUACAUAACCUUCCCAUGGACUUUAUGUCCGAGGCAAUUGUUUGUACUAUAGGUAACUACAUUGGCAGUUUUGUUUUGUUAGACCCGAACAACUUCACAGGAGUCUGGAGAUCAUUUUGUCGAAUUCGGGUCACUAUAGAUGUUCGUAAGCCUCUUAAACAAGGAAUGAAACUUAAACAGCAGGGAGGGGAUUGGAUGUGGGUUGAUUUUAAAUAUGAACGACUACCCAUUUUCUGCUUUUUGUGCGGUAAAUUGGGUCACAUGGACAAGUUCUGUGAGAAACGUUAUGAGGAAGGGCACGAGGAUCACGUCAGACCAUAUGGAAUUUGGUUGAAAGCAGUCCCGAGGAAAUUUCAGACUCAAAUAGGUGAAAGAUGGCUAAGAAAUGAAGCUCCGGCAACGGAGGAACAGGAAGGGCCAACAGUCAGGACAUCUCCGGUGGUUAUGGAUGGAUUUGGCAGGAAUAAUCAGGCUAAGGAAAGCGACGGUGUUAAUGGCACAAAUUGCGGGACUGUUAGCUCUACAGGAGCAGCAUUAAAGGGCCCAAAUAUGGAAGGUGGCAGAGGGGAUAUUUAUGUGAGAGAUUUUGGAGAAGAAAAUCUUGGUACAAUAGAAGCAGAAGAGGAAGGUUCCUUAGUUAUUACAGGUGAACUUACAAAGGAGGCAGCCUCCUCUUCCGGUUCACUCAUAGGUCGGGUAGCCAUAGUAACCGGCGCUUCACGUGGCAUUGGCCGUGCCAUAUCGGCCCACCUUCGCUCUCUUGGUGCAAAAGUAGUUCUCAAUUAUGCUUCAAGCUCUACACAAGCUGAUCUCAUUGCAUCAGAGCUCAAUACCUUAUCACCAUCUUCUCAUCCCGUAGCAGUUGCGAUCAGAGCCGACGUUUCAGACCCGGAACAAGUCAAACAACUCUUCGACAAAGCCGAGCAAGAAUUCAGCUCAAAAAUUCAUAUCCUUGUAAAUUGUGCUGGAGUUAUGGAUCCAAAAUAUCCAACUUUAGCCAAUACAACAGUGGACGACUGGGAUACGGCUUUUAAUGUCAACACUAAAGGAGCAUUUUUGUGCUGUCGCGAGGCGGCGAAUAGGCUGAUCAAUGGAGGUGGUGGGAGAAUCAUCAACAUAUCAACAUCUGUGGUUGGAGCUAAUUUUCCAGGAUAUGCUGCUUAUGCCGCCUCCAAGGCGGCCGUGGAGACGAUGACGAAGAUACUAGCCAAGGAGCUAAAGGGAACAGGAAUAACUGCUAACUGUGUUGCUCCAGGACCAGUGGCUACAGAGCUGUUUUUUGCAGGUAAAACUGAAGAAAUGGUCAAGAGAAUAGCUGAUUCGGGUCCUUUAGGCCGACUUGGUCAGCCUAAAGAUAUAAGUGAAAUUGUUGGAUUCUUGGCUAGUGAUGCAGGGGAAUGGAUUAAUGGUCAAGUAAUUAGGGCUAAUGGUGGAUUUAUUGUAUAAAAUGUUGUGUUUUCUUGAUUAUCUGACCUGAGCAAUCAUCUAUUUUAAUACCUUUAUCUAUGAUCAUCAUCUUUUUUAAUGUAUCCAAUCCAUAAAAAUUGUACUACUUGACAAAUGAACUAUCCAUAAAUUUAACGCCAUAAUUUCUUUUUUCAA